CUCAACUCCUCAACCAAGUGUCGUUCACGAUUUUUAAAAACAGUGAUAGUGGGAGAGCUCUAGAACGGGCGAAAUGAAUUAAGAGUGGAAUCGGCGGCGAAGAGAAAACCCGACCAUCAUCAGUCGCCGGAACGCAACCGAGAAAGAUAGCACGCGGUAACUGUGUUGUUUUUUGUGGAAUUAGCGCGUUAUUUCGUUAGCAAGUUUUAGCGAGUUUCCCAGUAUUUUAACCAGUAUCGUUGUGUUUUUGUGUUUUUUUUUAUUUUUGGAUUAAUUGUGUAUAAAAACUCAAGGAGAAUGUCUACAGCGAUAAUGUCACAGAAUGCCAUGUACGAGUUUGGAGAUAAUUUAAUCAAGAAUGGAUUAAAUCAUGACAGCAUCACAGGCGGACACCUGGCCGUAGGCUCAGCAGUGCGCCUAACGCUGACCAGAAUGGCCUCAACCCCCGGAGCAACUAACCAAAACCUAGCGAUGCUCCUAGGCAACCUGACCCAACCACAUCGACGCCUGGAACGAACCCAAUCGGCGCCAGCUCCAGGUAUAGCGCCACAGGCGGCCAUCACAGCCACUACGGUGAACACUUCGCGCUACAAAACGGAACUCUGUAGACCAUUCGAGGAAUUCGGCGUGUGUAAAUACGGAGACAAAUGUCAAUUCGCCCAUGGAAUAGCGGAGUUGCGGAACUUGGCCAGACAUCCGAAGUACAAAACCGAAUUGUGUCGAACCUAUCACACUGUUGGGUUUUGUCCCUAUGGUCCGAGAUGUCAUUUUGUGCACAAUCAAGAGGAGGCGGCACAAAAUAAUGCAAAGCCACCGGCAGCAACAUCUGGAGGGGCUUUGAUGGCAGCGCAAAGGCAACGUCCCGCUGCUUUGAGUCCGGCGCUAUCCCUUGACAGUCCUAGUCCGCCGUGCAGUUUGAGUCAGUCGCCUACGUCUUCGAUGGGUUCGUUUUUCAGUAGUGAUCCUGAACUACAUUCGCCUGGACCAUUGGACGAUCAACGUUUACCGGUAUUCAAUAGACUAUCCACAACUCAACUCCUCUCGCUCAAUGACCUGAUGUUAUAGGUAUGAUAAUCUCAACUGUCUUAAAGAUGGUUCAGAUGCAAGACCUUUACUCAGAAACGAUUUUAUUUAAAUUUCAGUGUCUUUAUUUAUAUUUACAGAUAAAUAUUCGCCCUCAGAUAAAAAAAAAAUAAGGGGCGGAGUGAUUUUGAUAUUGUGUGAUUUUAAAAUAUAUUAAAAUUAUUAUUAUAUGUAGUUAGGAGAGGCGUGUUUUUUAUAAGAAUGUUGAUUUAUUUUUUUUGUGAAUGUGCAAGUUUAGUUUUAGGGUUUUUUUUUUGGAUUUUUCGGUCAUUGGUCUUGAUUUCUUAACAUUCCGUGAUUGAGUUUAAUUUAUUAUUUUUCAUCUUCCCAUUUAGUUUUUGUUUUUUUCCUUUUGUGUGCCUUGUGGACCAAUGAGAGAAUAAGAUUUUUUUUGUUAUUUAAACCAUUAUUUAAUUUGUGUGUUUCUUAUUUUUUUUUCAACGCGUUUAUGUUAUGUAGUUAUUUUAUUAUAAUUUAUAUGUAACUUAUUAUUUAUAUACCUACUUUUGCAAUAUUUAGAUAGCGACAAAAUGUGCCCAUUAAACAGCACAAGCUGGCGGCCUCUAACCGGAGGGUCCCGCAAUACCUGUAUAUUAUUAUUAUUAUUUAUAUUUUUGUAGCUAAUGUAUCUCUGUAUCAUUAUCAAUAAAUUAUAUUUUGUUCUGUAACUUACCGCUGUUUUCUUUGGACUAAG